AUGUGGGCGACGAGGCAGAUCACCAAAAAGAUCAAAUACUCGUAUGUCGACGACGAGGACAAGGAGAAUCUUGUAGCUCGCAAUAGCGAUGACAAGAGUGAGAACGCAGAAAGCGAGGACUCUGAGAUCCCAUACGGUCUUGGUCGGGAACGCCAUUCACGGCGACCUUUCGUCACUGGUAACAUCACAGGUAUUGUCGUCCUGUUGCUGCUCUAUGGACUGAGUAUCUUCGCUGCUGUGCUUGGGACACUUGCGGUCCAGAAUCGGGGAAAUAUCUUGCUCAAGAAAACAUCUGCCUAUUCGCCUGUGCUGGAUAAACUUCACAUCCCUCUUGUGAAGAAAAAGAUUGACGCAACUCUAUUUCCCGACCCAGCCAACCCGAACCACAUCUAUCGAAUGCCACCUAGUCCCGAGGUUGACGCGGCAUGGGAACGCAUCGCUCAUAUUGGGAUGCAUUCUCUCACAAGGCAUGAGGUCGAAGGAAUCGGCAAGAACGCAACGGAGUGUGCAAAGACGCAGCUAGACUGGGGGUACGGCCCAGACACCUAUAUGGCCGAAAUUGAUGUUUUCCAUCAAUUGCACUGCCUUAACUCGUUGCGCAAGACCAACAUCCUGCAUUACGACUACUACUGGGGAAAGACAUGGGGCUAUGAGCCGCCCGUCAUGUUCGAGUCUCAUGUCGAUCACUGCAUAGACAUCCUAAGACAGAACAUCAUGUGCAACGCAGAUGUAGAGAUGCUGACAUAUAACUGGCGUCUCACGCAGCAUAACCCAUUCCCGGACAUUGGUGCGCACAAGGUAUGCCGAGACUUCGAUGCACUGGUUAGAUGGCAGGAGGAAGUAGAGUUGAAGGACGAACCAGCCAAGUGGGCGAAGAUCGUCAAGCAUCCUGAUGCUGUAGAUCUUCCAAUGCCACCACAUCUCAACGAACUAGUGGCCACUAGCCACUCGGCGGACGGUCUCAUGUUAAAGAAAUUGACGGGAAUUACGAGACCAGACGACUGCCACGAGCAUCCAUCUCAGUGA